CUUCCGCUAAACUCAUCCUUCUUUGCCGCAAACCCCCCCUUUCUUCUUUUUUUUUUUUCCCCUGCACUGAGAAAAAAACAACAUGUCUCAAAACGUCUUGACUACCUCCAACGGCAACCCUGUUGAGAACAACCAAACUUCCCAGACGGCCGGUCCCUGGGGUCCUGUUCUCCUUCAAGAUUUCCACUUGAUUGACAAGCUUGCUCACUUUGAUCGCGAGCGUAUUCCUGAACGUGUUGUCCACGCCAAGGGUGCUGGUGCCCACGGUUACUUUGAGGUCACUCAUGACAUCACUCACCUUUCCAAGGCCAAGUUCUUGAGCCAUGUUGGCAAGCGUACUCCCGUCUUCACUCGUUUCUCCACCGUCGGUGGUGAGAAGGGUAGCGCUGACACUGCCCGUGAUCCCCGUGGUUUCGCUGUCAAGUUCUACACCGAAGAGGGUAACUGGGAUAUGGUUGGUAACAACACUCCCGUUUUCUUCAUCCGUGAUCCUUCCAAGUUCCCCGACUUCAUCCACACCCAGAAGAGAAACCCUCAGACCAACUGCCCUGAUGCCGAUAUGUUCUGGGAUUUCCUUUCCCAGGUCCCUGAAUCCAUCCACCAGGUUUCCAUCCUCUUCUCCAACCGUGGUACUCCCGAUGGUUACCGUUUCAUGAACGGUUACUCUUCCCACACCUUGAAGUUGGUCGAUGCUCAGGGCAACUUCAAGUACGUCAAGUGGCACUUCAAGACCGAUCAGGGUAUCAAGAACUUGUCCGCCGAAGAAGCUUGCAAGAUCGCCGGUCAGGAUGCCGAUUACGCUACCCGCGAUCUCUUCAACGCCAUUGAAAAGGGUGACUUCCCUUCGUGGUCCGUCUACGUCCAGGUCAUGGAACCCGAGGAUGCCAAGAAGUACCGCUUCAACCCCUUCGAUGUCACCAAGAUCUGGUCUCACAAGGAUUAUCCUCUCCAACCUGUUGGUCGUAUGGUUCUCAACCGCAACCCCGAGAACUACUUUGCUGAAACUGAGCAGGCUGCUUUCUCUCCCUCUCACAUCGUUCCCGGUGUCGAUGUUUCCCCCGAUCGCAUGUUGCAGGGUCGUCUCUUCUCUUACCCCGACACCCACCGUCACCGUCUCGGUGUGAACUACGCCCAGAUCCCCAUCAACAAGCCCCACAGCCGUGUUGCUAACCACCAACGUGAUGGUUUCAUGGCCGUUGAUGGCAACGGUGGUUCUCUUCCCAACUACGAACCCAAUACUGCUGGUGGUCCUUACCAGACCAACAUCAUUGGCAGCACCUACACUGCCGAAGAAGUUGCUGGUUUCACUGGCCGCUUCACCUACGAGUUGACUGAUGACGACUUUGUCCAAGCUGGUGACUUGUACCGUCUCUUGUCUCCUCAGGAGAAGACUGACUUGGUCAACAACAUUGCCGGUCACCUCAAGGCUGCCAAGAAGAGCAUCCGUGAUCUCCAGAUCUCUCACUUCAAGCGUGCUGACCGUGAAUACGGUACCCGCAUCGAAGAAGCUAUUGUCAAGCUCAGCACCAAGGUUUAAAGAAAAAAUCCUGUUUUUUUUUCUUCUACUUCCCCAUCAUGGAUUCAAUCUCUUUUUUUUUCUUCCUUCUCACUAUCCCAUACAUGAUUUCCCAUUAUUGUUAAAAUCCUAAAGAGAAAAAAAUGAAAAAAACUGCUCAUCAAUAAAAAUGAAGGCCCAGUUUUGUUUGAAUGUAAA